UGUAGCAUUUUUGCUGUUAUCGUCAUCUCAUUUCUUCUCCUACUUCCGAAAUAGCAUUCUUUCCAUUAGUUUGAAUUCAAUUCUUGUCCACUAGUAGUGGGUUCCUCUCAAAGUUGGAAACAAAGUGCAGAGCUAUGGCUUUGGUGGGUAAAGCAAGAGAAGCAGGGAUUCCAUUGAUGAAGCUGAUUAGAUUAAAAGGGGUUCCUAUUUUGGAACAAUUGUACUUAGAGGAACGGCUGCUUCGGACUAGUUCAGAUAAUUGGUGUCUGAUUAAUGAAGGAACAAAUUGCCCUGCCAUUGUCAUGGGUUUGUCUGGGAAACUUUCAGAACUUGUUGAAGUCAGGUCUGUGUUGCGGGAUCAGAUUCCUGUCAUCAGGAGGUUUUCUGGGGGAGGCACUGUUAUUGUUGACCAAGGAACUAUAUUUGUUACUCUCAUAUGUAAUAAAGAUUCUGUUCCAGAUAUUCAGCCCUUUCCUCGUUCCAUCAUGUCAUGGAGUGGUCAGUUAUACAGUGAAGUUUUUGAAGGGAUUGGUGAUUUCCAUCUUCGUGAGAAUGAUUAUGUGUUUGGUGAUCGUAAAUUUGGUGGAAAUGCUCAAUCUAUAAUCAAGCACAGGUGGGUCCACCACACAUCCUUCUUGUGGGAUUAUGAGGUCAAGAACAUGGCCUACCUCAAGUUACCAGCAAAGGUUCCCAAUUACCGACUUGCUAGAGGCCACACAGACUUUGUAUGUCGAAUGAAGGAAUUCCUGCCUCGCUCAGAAUUUGUACAGAGAACAAUUAAGGCAAUCAGAUCUCGUUUCUCUCUGGAACCUGUGGCCGAUAAUAUUGAAGACAUAGAUGUUCCCUCUGCAACGCAGUUUGCUCCCAGCACUAGGCUUCUCACUGAUCAUGACAUGAGGGAAGUAUGUGCCGCUUCAGUUUGAAAACACCAGUCACUUGUCAGGAUUAGCUCCUCUUGUGUAAUUUUUUUCCCUCGGAAAAUUAAUCUUUUAGGCCCUUUAAUUUUGACUCAGUUUCUAAACUUUAAUUCGAUGUAAUUUAUCCCUAAAAUUUUGACUUGUUCUAACUUAAUCAAUGAACUGACUCAGCUCCUAACUAUUUAAAACUUUAGUCCCUAUCAUGAAAUACAUGAUUUUAUUUUUUUUAAAAUAUAGGGACUAAAUUUUUAAAUGGCUAAAACUAUAAUGACUCAUAGGAUUGAGUUAUAACCGUGUCAGCAUUAUAAGAAUUGAGUUGCAUUGAGUUAAAGCUCAGAUACUAAGUUUCAACUGAGUCAAAAUUGUAGGAACAAAAAGAUUAAUUUUUCUUUUUUUCCCCUUUAAUUUGCAAUAACGAAUUUCAUGAUUCUCCUUAAAAGUAUAUUAUUGAACAUAUUCUUUUCAAUCCAAUCAUUAUUAGUUUUUAUUUGUUGAUUUU